UUGGCAAAUGUUGACAAAUAUAAAACGGAUUUUCGGAGUUGCGAUUUUGCAUUUUGCUACUUUUGUUAUAAAUAGAAUAAUUUAAACUAAUGUAAAUCUUACCGUUAUUUCUGUGGAAUGGAAGUACAUUCAAACCGAUUCUUUUAAAUGUCAAUUGCUUAAGGAAUUAAAUAAACAUGUCUGCUGCAAAUUUAGCGCCCAUAACUGCAACCGACAGCCUUUCACAGGCCCUUAAAGCUAAUAUUAUACCUAAUCAGGAAUACCUGUUACAGGGUUCUGUAUUAGAUUCUGCAGUAGAAGUUCUGCUACAUCGUCUUCGCGGGCUCUGUGACAACGUAGAUGCUGGAACUGAAACUUUUGAUGAUCAGGAAGUUUGCUUUAGUUUACGAGAUCCAAACCAACAGGCGGCACCCCUUAUGUUACGCGUAAGAAAAGCUCUUGAUGCACGAGACAUGCCUUUUCAACUAAGGUACAUUGGUCAACCAGACCUAGGAGAUAAGAGCAGACCAACUGUUGUCCGCUCAAGUCUUGACAUUGCCUGUAGUGGUAUGCUAAUUGAGUUUCUCAAUGAACUUGGAUGUAGGAUUGAAUUUGAAUAUAGUGUUAAAGGUUAUAUGUUUAGAAAAGGUCGCAUGAAGAUUACAGUGUCAAAGGUGUUCAAAAUAUCACAAAGCUCAAUGUCUCCGGAGCCAAUCUCACAAAGUUACUUAGUUGAAUUAUCAGUAUUGGCUCCACAAGGUCAAGAUGCUAUUGGUGAGGAUAUGCGAGCGUUCGCAGAUCAGUUAAGGCCACUUGUGCAACUUGACAAGAUAGACUACAAACGUCUCGGCCAUAUGUCCUAGCAGAUGUACCUGCUUUAAGCUGUUAAUAACCUUAAAACAUUAACUGUGAAUUUCAAAUGUGAUGCUUAUGUGAUGUAUAACAGUAAAAACUCAAUAUAACAACCUUUUUUCAAACAUUACAGCAAUUAAAGUGUAGUAAAGUGCAGUAUAGUGUUCAAAAACUGACUCUAAAUUAAUUAAAGCUUUCACUUCGAAAAACCUGUAUAUUAUAUGUAAUAAAGCAAACA